UUUAAACAAGUUCUCAAAGCUGGAGGUCAGCCGGGAGCUAAUAUAAAUGUGCUGCCGUUUGCGCGGCGGUAUCAGGGGCCAAGAAAACAUAUCCCUCUCUAUCUAGCUCUGACCUCCAACUCUUCAAAGCGCCUGACAGACACACCGAGCAGCACCCGAUGUAGCGCGCGCCACGUGCCAUGGCCACUCGCGAGGGCUGCCACUGUCCGGGAGCCGGGGGGCAAAACAAUAAUAACAGCAUCCUGUACCAUAUACUGAAGAACGACAGACUCACGACCACCGAGGAACAACAAACAAUAACAAAACCACAACAACACCAACAGCAUCGCUGGCACAGGGUCUCCUCCUGUUCCUCCUCUUCUUCCUCUUCGUCGCGGCUUGAGCUAAGGCAACAACAGGCAUGCUCCUGCAGCUCCUCACGGCGAAGGGGGUCUCUCCGGUCCCCGCAGGUUACCUGCAAAGCCGCAUCUGCGGUCCUCGUGAAGACUCUGCGGUUCGUGAAGAACGUGCCGUGUUUCCGCGAGCUGCCGGAGGAUGACCAACUGCUGCUCGUUCGGAACUGCUGGGCGCCGCUGCUCGUGCUGGGCUUCGCGCAGGACCGGGUAGACUUCGAGACCACUGAGACUGCAGAGCCCAGCAUGUUGCAACGGAUUCUGACCGGUGGCUCUGGCAGCCAGAGCGGCUUAACGGACAGACAGGGUGAACCGCUGCUGGAGCAGAGCACGGAAACUUCUGGGGUCUCUCUCGCGGAUAUCCAGGGCAUCAAAGCGUUCCUGAAGAAGUGUUGGGGUUUGGACAUCAGUACCAAGGAGUAUGCCUACAUCAAAGGAGCAGUGCUAUUCAACUCAGAUCUCCCAGGUUUGCGCUACCUCCACUACAUCCAGUCACUGCGGCGCGAGGCUCACCAGGCGCUCAACGAGCAUGUGAAGCUGAUCCACCGGGACGACACCACACGCUUCGCCAAACUGCUCAUCACCCUGUCCAUGCUUCGGGUCAUCAGCCCCGCCGUGGUUGCACAGCUCUUCUUCAAGCCCGUCAUCGGAGCUGUCAACAUGGAGGAUGUCCUACUGGAGAUGUUCUAUGGGAAGUAGAUGCUUUCCAUGGUCUCGUCCAGAAACAACCCUUAGAUAUGGCCCCCUAUAAGUUAUAGGCACUUCUGGCCUCUUCUCCCUCGGCAAUUUAACCUAGCCCCUACCCUCUAGGAACUUAACCUUGCCCCCAGCCCAGGGUUUCCCAAACUUGGUCCUCGGGACCUCAAGUGGUGCACAUUUUGUUUUUUGCCCUAACACUACACAGCUGAUUCAAAUAAUCAACUAAUCAUCAAGCUUUGAUCAUUUGAAUCAGCUUUGUAGUGUUAGGGCAAAAACCAAAACGUGCACCCCUUGAGGUCCAGAGGACUGAGUUUGGGAAACGCUGCCCUAGCCCUUACCCCCACUCCCCCU